AUGGCAACAAACGGUGCGCAUCGCAGCAAGUUGUUCGUGGUGGGAGCGACUCCGCACUCCAGCAAUGUCAUUGUCGACCAAAGAACAAAAGAUGGACAACAAAAGCUUCAAAACGAGCAACGGCGGGCGUCUGUAUGGCAAUCAGAGACGAUCGACCAUUCUCGAACCCAUUUGUCACGCUCAGGAGGAGACAACCGUGAAAUCGUUGAUACGGGCACGAAUACCCACCGUGAAUCUGUUAUCGGUUCAGGUGAAUUUCUGAGGGAGAAACAGCACAUUGCAACUCGUUCCUUCCAACGAAUGUCGAGCCGAAGAUCGCUCGUUUCGUCGUCUUCUGGUUCCAACAGAUCCCUGAUGAGUGAGAAAUCAGCCAUAUCGGAACGAUCGGAGCGUCGUGUCAAAACCAGAGCCAAGCGCAAGAGCAGCAGUCCCGAUCCGAGACUCGAUGCCGCUUCUGCAAGUUUUGAAGAAGAAGAAGAGAUCGACUACUAUCCCAAAGCUGGCACAGCAGAAGCUGUAUUGCCAACUCUGGAGGAGUCGGGCAUGGAGUUUUCUUACCGAAGCGACACAACUUCUAGCAGACCAGCCCCGUUGUCGGCGCCACAGCCUGGGUCAGACAUUCCAUGGUAUCCGUCGUCCGGGCAGCACCCCCAUGAUGGCAGUGGUUUGGUAAUGGCCGUGGUGGUUGACGAAGAAGAGGAAGCAGCUGAUAUCCCCUAUGCAACUGCAGUGAGCGAUGACACAGAGAAAAUUUGCUGUCAUCAGAGCCGCCUAUCACCGUUGCUCUGGCUGGCAUUGUUCUGUAUCGUUUCGAUCAACGCUGGGGUCGUGGUGACAAUGCUGAAAAACCAGAGUUCAUCCGAUCCGUCUUCGGAUGCUGCAUUUCAAAGCACCCCUGAUGAGGUGGCUUCCCAGCAGCCACGUCCUGUGGACCUGGACGAUGCUACAGAUUCGUUGCUACCGGAGUUGAGUAUUCCGACUCUAUCGCCCAACUUGCCCCCCACCCAACAACCUGCCACACUAAAUAAUGGGCGUCCACCCAACAACGAUCGAACUCUGCCACCAGCAGGAUCGCCUCAAGGGACGAAACCAACGACAGAAGCGCCCAUAUCGACGACUCUUGGACCCAGUCUGACUCUUGCACCGAGCCGAGAACCAUCCGUCGAACCAGACUUGGUGGAAGCCAAGCCGACCACAACCACAGAGUCGGUAGUGUCCUAUCCUCCCUCAACGCACCCGUCUGUCGCCGAAGAGCUGUCUGAAUCUCCUUCAUUCCCACCACCGACAACUCCACCAACAAGUACACCGCCAACGUUUUCACCGACGGCUCCUCCUAGUUUUAGUUUUAUUCCGGUGGUUGUGGAAGAGAAUCGUCGCCCUGGCUCGUUGAAUCCGUUGGUGUAUGUGAACCCAGUCCCAGAGGCUUUCACUUUUAGUAGUUGUGGUUCCUACACGAAUGGAGGGGCGUGCAUGAGCACCCCCGGUUGUAGCUGGCAUGGUGGUACUUGUUCCUCCACAGCCAAUGCUGGAAGCUGCUCAUCGUACACGAACGGUGGAGCAUGCAAGAGCGCGGGUUGUUUGUGGGAGGGCGGCACUUGUUCGUAA